AUGUUGUACAACGCCGUCCUUAUCGCUGCACUGUCAGCAGGCAGAGCGCUUGCACAAACGACUUACACCGGUUGCCACAAUGACACAACGAGUGGUGUUGCUGUGGAAUACUGCUUCGGACCGGAUGGCAUUGAAAGCGCACGUGCCACUUACUCUCCAGAGCUGACCAGCGGCUCGACACCAGUGACAAACGAGGCCACAGCGACGGCAACGGCGACAGCUACCUACCAGACUGACUCCAUCACUGGAUGUCACAGCCAUGAGACAGCAUUGUUCUGUAUCAAUGGCGCAGGAUCCGAGGUAGAAGUCGAAGCGACGCCAACAGGCGAGGCACCGGCUCAAUACACCGGCUGCCAUUCCCAUGGCGCUGAGAUGUUCUGCGUAGAUCCAGAUGGCAACGAUGUUGCCGUUCUCGCGACUGCCGAGGACUCAGGACACACGGAAGCGACUGGUACGAGCGGAGAAGCUUCAUCAUCUUCUGCUGUAACGGAUUGCCAUUCGCACGACUCGGCGGUGUUCUGCAUCAACAGCGAGGGUGCCGAAGUCGAGAUCGUGGGCGCUUCUGCGACCGGCGAGAUCCCAGCUCAAUACACUGCCUGUCACUCACACGGCGAUGAGACAUACUGCCUGGAUCCAGCUGGAGAAGAAGUUGCUGUGCUCGCCGAGGGUGCAUCUGCCGAGGAGAACCAACACUGUCAUUUCCACGCUGGAGUAGAGCACUGCGUCGGCGCUGGCGGAGAAGAGACUGAAGUCGACUGUGGCCUUCGCGAGCGAGAUUACAACAUCGGCCUUCGUGUCGGCACUCUUUUCGUCAUCCUGGUCACUAGCGCGAUUGGUGUCUUCCUUCCAAUCUUGCUGCAAAAGCUUCCACUGGGCAAGUUUAGCGCCAUCGGACUCAUGGUCGUCAAACAGUUCGGUACUGGUGUCAUCAUAUCGACAGCCUUCAUCCAUCUCUACACCCACGCCGGACUGAUGUUCCAGAAUCAGUGUCUUGGUGAGCUGGGUUAUGAAGCUACCACAUCAGCUGUCGUCAUGGCUGGCCUCUUCCUCUCCUUCUUGGUAGAGUAUAUCGGAAUGCGACUUGUGGCGUGGCAUUCUGCCAAGAAGCCAGCAGAAGCUCCAGCGUAUUCUGAGCAGGCAGCAAGCGGCGACAAAGCUGCCAACCACGACGUCUUCUCUCAAGAGUCGCGCAGCAAUGCAUUCAUGGCGGUCGAUCAUCAUCACGGUGGCGGGAACAACAAGUUGUCGGUCCUAGUCAUGGAAGCUGGCAUCCUCUUCCACUCCAUCCUCAUUGGCUUGACGCUGGUCGUAGCGGGCGACUCUUUCUAUCGAACUUUGCUGGUGGUCAUCGUCUUCCACCAAUUCUUCGAAGGCAUGGCACUGGGAGCACGAAUUGCACUACUACCAGGCAAGGUCUUUCCAGCAAAGUUCGCCAUGGCCUUUGCGUUCACUCUCAUCACGCCGAUCGGUAUGGCCAUUGGUAUUGGUGUUCUCAACUCCUUCAACGGCAACAACCCAAGCACUGUCCUCACUUUCGGUGUGCUCGAUGCACUGUCGGCAGGCAUUCUGGUUUGGGUCAGUGUUGUCGACAUGUGGGCUCGAGACUGGGUGAUUGAAGGUGGAGAGUUGAUGACGAGCGGUCUGUUCAAGACGUUUGGUGCUGGCUUGUCGCUCAUCUGUGGUAUGAUCUUGAUGGGCGUAUUAGGAAAAUGGGCGUGA